UUCCAGCAGCAGUUGGUAGGUGCCGGCUGCAUUCCGACGCGGACAGGGAUUUCCUGAAGGGCGAGAAAACGGGAACAGAGAAUAGGCGGGCGGCCUCGAAACUAAAGACACCGGAGACCUCCGAAGUGCUUGUCUGGCGUGAUCAGCCGUCCGUCAACUUCAUAGUGCGACGCCGAAAUGGCCAUGAAACGUCUUCUUGUUGUCACCUUGUUCUUAUGUCACCUGCUCGCAGGAGGGGCUUCUACAGCUGCCCCAAAAGUCCAGAUUUACAGCCACUACCCGGGAGUGUACGGGCAAGAAAAUGUCCUCAUUUGCUACGUCAGCGGGUUCCAUCCUCCCAAUAUUAAAAUCCACCUGAUGAAGGACGAAUUUCCGAUUCCUAACACGACCACCACUGACCUGCAGUUCAACCGGGACUGGCGAUUCCAGCUGACGCAGAGUGUCCGCUUCACGCCGCAGAAAGGGCACAGCUACUCCUGCAUGGUGGAGCACAGCAGCCUGGACCACUCCAAAGUGGUCACCUGGGAUCCUGAAGUGUAAAAUGGACCAAGUGGUGACUGGCAAAAUGGUUUGGUGAACCUGCAAGUCGGCGCAAACUGGAUAUACGGAGCCUGGAGCAGAGAAGAAAGAGACAAGUGGAGUGUGCAGUUUUCAUUCCCUUUCUACACCUUUGUUUAGUGUCGAUGCCAUCUGUCCUCAUGGAUCUGAGGUCACUAACUUUGUUAGCAGGUUGGCUGGCCUCAGAGCCUAGAGACUGGUUUACUUGAGGUGGUCAGAUUUGCUCCAGUGCAGUAACAAAAUGGGAAGCAGGGAAAUCUGUAUCAUUGAUGUUACAAAAAAGAUGUAAAGAAAUAAAUUAUUUCAUUCAUUAA